AUGACGACCCCUGGCGCAGCCGCAACCGCCUUUCCAAGCGGCAUCGCCGCGAUUCUCAGCGACGCGAAUGACGCGACGACGCCCCCCGCCCCUUUCUCCGCCGCCGCAAGCCACGCGCUCGCCGCCACAGUCGGCCCGCUGAGCACCAGCGGGGCGACGGGGGGCGGGAGAAAGGCGGUGACUGCGGGGAAGGGGAGGAAGGGGCCGAUCGGAAUCUCCCCGCACUGGAGCGCGAGUUGCAUGGGGCGCGCCUGCGGGGUGAUGGAGCGGCCAAUCAGCGUGUACGUCGUGUGGUACGGCGCGUUCUCCGAAGCGCAGAAGCAGAUGGUCCGCGCGUUCACCGCGUCGCUCAGCCCGAACGCCGACCCAUCCGUCACAGGUGCUGUCCCCUCGUUGCAAGCACUGACAGUUCCCCUCUGGUGGAACAUCAACCGUCUGUACUACGACUCAAGUGGUAACCACAUCUCCGAGUCCGUUACAUGGGGUGGCGAGGUCGAGGAUGCAAACUAUUCCCGAGGCAAGGCUCUUUCCGAUGCUGACGUCAGGAACCUCAUCACCAACGCAAUCUCCUCCAAUCAGCUUCCUUAUAACGAAGACGGAGUGUACUUCGUGCUUUCGGAUGAAACCGUAUCCCAGGCGUGGGAUAUGCCGGGCGGCAGCAAACCAGCAUUCUGCUCUAGCUUCUGCGGGUGGCACUGGCACGGCCGAGCCUCCAGCUUCGGCAGCAUAGUGUACUCCUGGGUCGGUAACGCUGCAAAAUUAUGCCCCAGGUCUUGCAUCACGCGAACACUGCGUGCCAGCGGGGCGGUGCCGCCCAAUCAGGACGCGGGGAUGGAUGGGCUGCUGUCGGUAUUCGCACAUGAGCUGGCAGAGGCCACGUCGAGCCCGUUCAUUGCCACGUGGUUCGAUGGGAGUGGGCAGGAGAACGCCGACAAGUGCUCGUGGCAGUUCCUCCCCAUCCUCACAGGUUCCCCCCAUCCUCACAGGUUCCCCCCAUCCUCACAGGUUGCCCAGUCCCGCACCACUCUUUCUGUCCCUCUCUGCCUCUUCCACUGCAGGUUCGCCCCCAUUCUCACUGACGCCUCUGGUGUUAGGUACAACCUGGUGGGGGUCAACGGCUUUAAGUUCCUCAUUCAACAGAAUUGGGACCUCACCACUGGUACCUGCGCCACCACUCUCCCCUACCCUUCGCCGGCGUCCCCUCCCCCGCCGCCCAAGUCCCCCCCUCCGCCUAAAUCCCCCCCGCCGCAAUCAAAUCUGGAAAAGAUAUGGAGAAAAAUAUGGGGGAGAGGGAAGCGAUGA